CAAUUAGGUCAGUUUUCUAGGUUAAUGUAUGCAUUUGGGCUAAUAUGAUAAGAGGAGCCUUUUGCGAGUGCGUAGAAGUCUAGACUCUUGUGGACUGUUGGAUGAGUUCAGAAAAGAAUGAUGGCGGCUUCUGUAGUGUAGACUUUGUUGAAUUCUGCUGCUGGUUCUGGUGCUGUUGCCACGGCAGUCAAUCGAACGGAUAAAUGAGUGGUCAUCAUAUGCAUAAGCUGUGAUACGCUUCGUCAUCGGACUCCAAUGUUUGUGGAUUCUUUAUGCGAUUUUGGAUGUUUGGGAAGGCCAGAUGAGUUGAAUGAACUGAUUAAGUGCAUGGUAUGUGGAGACACCUCCACUGGUUACCACUAUGGAAUCCAUUCAUGUGAAGGCUGCAAGGGGUUCUUCAGACGUAGCCUUACUCAACAUGAAUCUUACACGUGUUCUAAUACAGGCCAGUGCGACAUCUCUUUGUAUACACGCAACCAAUGCCAGCUCUGCCGAUGGAAGAAAUGUCUGCAAGUGGGGAUGUCCAAAGAAGCAUCACGACUCGGACGGCGGUCUAAACGCAUGAUUGAGAAAAUGCACGAAACAAUCGCCAAGCAACGCAACCUUGGAGACAACACAACAAUGAAACCAGCUGGUUUUUAUGGCAACCGGUUAUUCAGCCAGGGUAGCUACCCGAUGCCACCCAGCAGCGCAGGGCUUAUGCAGCCUCCCGGAAGUACAUUACUACCGCCGUCUAUCUCGCACAUGUCGCUUUAUAAAACCAUGCCGAUGAACAGUAUGAUGGCGCACAAAAUGGCGUUUGGCCAUAAUAUAGGCAUGAUUAUCAAACGAGAACUUGAUAUGAGUCCAAAUGAUUGUCAGUACCCGAGUGAAAAUUCCGAAAUGGAUCCUGAUUUAGUUUCUUUGAGCCAACUAGCUUCAACAGCAGUUAGUAGUUGCAGUAGAGUCUCCAGUUCAAUACCAACCCGACCACAUAUGUCGCAACUCUCUCCAGAUAUGAUGCCAAUGCCGGAGAAGCAUCCUAAUAUGGGUACAAAUUCACUGCGAAAAUCUUCAGACAUCCAUGGAUCGUCGCAUGAGGAUCUGUAUACAAUGAGUCCGGGACCAGCACCGCAGGUUCAUUCACCUGCUCCAAUAUCGUGUGGAAGUAGUCCGGGAGAGAUUCCGGUCAAUAAAAUCACCAAGAUCUUACAAUCUGGCCAACCAGUGAUCCUGAUUCCAUGCGAUACGCCAAGUCCAGGUGAUCAAGAAAAUAAAGAUAUGUCAAGUAUUCACCAUUCUUCUCAGGUGAUGAUGGUUCCAGGACAUACAUCAAAAGGCAUUAGAUUACCACGUGAUGUUCCUCACGAAGAGAGAUCUUCCCAUGGAAAGAGCCCAUCAAAUGAUGUUUUCCAGUUCCCCUCUGAUGCUCAACCAGGCAAUUAUAUUCCGAAAGGACACACAAAAGUCAGUCCCCGUAAACAAGAACCAAUGGACAUUUCACCCCUUUAUGAUGAUAACAAAGCACCAUACUUCCCACCUUACCAUACUAACAAUUUGAACCAUCAAAUGAAACCGCAGGAUUUAUCGCGUGGUCCUCCGUCCUACGAUUCCACAGGGUCCGACGGUAAGUCAGACUCCCGAUCAAUCUCAUCUAGCUCGGAGGGAAGUCCUAAAUUAGAUUUCUCUCCUUCUAUGAUCAUUUCCAAAUGUCCAUCGGGCUUAAUGGAAUUUGUUGAAAUGGGCCCCGAGAUGGCAAUGCAUAUAAAACGAAGAGAAGAGCCAACCUGUUUACCGGCAAACUUUGACCUUGAUGCCCAAAUUUCACCGGAGGAGGAGGAGAAGUAUGCAGAUAUUGUUCAAAAGGUUUACAAGGCCUACCACGACAGCUGCUUCUACACUUUCAGACGCAUCCAGUUUUUACGGAAAAGGUAUUACCCAUUUCUAGGAGAAGAUGAGAAUCUACGAGAAAGACUUAAAGAGCGUUACAACCACGACUGCAGUAAAUGCAAUCAUCCGCCAGGAUUCCCAACAUCGGAGAAGCCACCGAAGGAGCUAGAUUACUCAAAGCCAUUGGACACAAUGAAGAUGUGGACCUUUUUCUCGAGUAAAUUCACCAGUCAAAUUACACGUAUCGUCAACUUUGCCAAGAAAAUUCCUGGUUUCAAGAAUUUAAAUCGUGAAGACCAAAUCACACUGAUUAAAACCGGGUUAUUUGAAGUCGCUACCAUCAGGUUCUCGACUGUCGCGAAUGUCAGCAAUGGGAUGGUGUACUGGUGGACGACAGGUGACAUGUUCUCCUUAAAAGACACGCAUGAAAUGCCAUUAGGGAACUUGUUUGAUCUCCUGUUUGACUUCUCGGCACGUGUCAAUCAAAUGCUGCUAGAAGACAGUGAAUAUGCCUUGUUGUCUGCAGUUGUCAUUAUGUCACCAGAUCGUCCAUUUUUAAAAGAGAUUGAACCAAUCAAGAAAUUGCAGAGGAAUUUACUACGAGCUCUACAAUUUGAGUUGCAAAUCAACCACCCAGAGGACAAAACCAUGUUUAAUCAACUAGUGACAACCCUUCCAAUGCUCCGACAGAUCGGCCCCGAGCACACCCGCCGCCUCAUGGAACUGAAGGUUAAAACACCGGAGAUGCAGUUCCCGCCCCUGCAUGCUGAAGUAUUCGAUUUAAAUGAGGUUCCGAAAAAUAAGAACCACGAAAAGGAAAAACCAGAGAUUUGAGCAUAAUAAAGAGUAUUUCAUUUCUAAAUGGACGGGUGUUCACAAACAGUUGCACGAUAGAAAAGACUUGAAACAUUCAACUUGGUUCGAGAAACAAUCAAAUAUAAACAUUAUGAAUUAUCAAGUAUCUAUUUUGAGACUGAGAGAUUGCAAACAAAAAAUGAUACAGAAAUUGCAGAAUAAUUGUUCGAAGAGGAUGACAGUUAUAAGAAGCCUCUGCAGCAUAAUCACGUUUGAAAUGUUCUGAUACAAACCGUACUCAUAAUUGUCGUACUUCACAAAGUCUAGUCCAGCGCAAAAUUAAUGGCCUCUCAUAGAGUUAUUCACUUAACAUCUGAAGGUCUGGCCCCAGUGAAGGUCAUUGCAAGAACUUGUUCUAAAAACUCUUUUUUACUGUAAAAGUAACAUAUGACCUGUAGUUAAAAAAAAGCUCAUCAAUGACUAAUUGCAAGUUGAAAACAAAAAAAAAAUGCUCAUGGCUUAACAUGUUUGAAUUAAUGUAUGUUUAGUGAAGGUGUGUGGCAAGCGAUUAAUACUUGAACCUGCAUGUAUCUCCGAUGUCAUUCAUCAUCUCUUAUGGUAACUGCCAACAGAGGGUGCUCUAAUCAUUUUAAGAAUUUUUAUUGGUAAUUUGUAAAGACCGAAACUUGGAUUGGUGUACUGUGUGCCAUAAGAAUGCUUUGUGUAUUUGAAUGGUUUUGAAACAUUUCAUUGUUUAUAGGAAUUAUUUGAACAGAUAUUUAUCUCUGGGAUUCAAAUAAUUCUUAUUAUGUAUAUAAAAAAAUCUAGUGAUAACAAUGAUUGCAACAUAAGACUGGUUACUUCAGAUCUCCAUAGUAGUAAAGUAAAUAGUAACUCAAGUCUUUGACACUAGAGAGGAAACCAUACAUACUCCGUCACGGUGUCAAAAUAAUCUACUGUUAUUGAAUAGACUCAUUGGUUCAUAAAAAAAAGAUACAUAGCUAUAACUUUUAAAGAUUUGUAAGAAAAACAAAUUCAUGACCUGCUCUUAUUCAUUACACCAUGCCAAUUAAAAAAUGAAAAAAUAUUGUAAAAUAUGUAACAUAUUUCCUAGGUGGACAAUGGCCGGGUCAGUACUAUAAACAUUAUAAACUGAUAAUACUAUAGUGUAACUUAGUGCAAAUCAUAUAUACUGUAGUUUGAAUGAUGCCUAACAUUAAAACAAUUCAAAUGUGAUGUGCGACUGAAAUAUUGUGAACUGUAAAUAUUUUAAAAAUGUAACUCUUUUGUCAUUUCUCAACUUUCAUCGUCAUGAAAGUUUUAUUCAAUGUUUAACUGAAAUAACAAUAUGGAUAUUGUGUGUUUUUUCUGCUGAAAUAAGUGAUGCUAACUUUAGUUUGUUCAUUACAUGGUAGUGUAGUAUAUUUGCAUAGAAUUGUGCAUACAAAUGGCGUUAGAUGGUAGGCCUACAAAUAUUAUACCUACAACAGAUCUGAUAACAUCCUCCAAGCCCUAAAAUUACUUGUAUUCAUAUGGUUUAAAAUGUAUUCUAUUGGAUGAUUCCAAUAUAAAAGGUAUGUGAUAAUAUGAAUAUUCAAAUUACAGUCAUGUUGCUCUGCCAUCCUAUUGGUUGUUCCUGAAUUUUAAAUGAAGGGGCAUUGCUACCAUGCUUUUGAUUGGAUGCUUUCAAUACAAAUGUAGUAUGAGGUAUUUGAUUGGUCGUUUAAAUACUGUAUUAAUAUAUCAUGGAGGAAAUUAUCCAGAUAAAUUUGAAUAGAGGGGGUGUAGUAUAUUCAAGAUAUACGUGCUUGAAAUCCUUAAGUAUUUUAUAAUUUGAGAUUCAUGCAUCAUUUGAGGUCAAAAUUUUGUUAUGUAAGAUCUGUAGAAUUUGCAGCACUAUACUAAAACAUGCGUUACAUAUGAUCCAUUGUGUUUUCAACUCUAGUUUAAAACAUGCUUUAUAUCAGAUCUGUACAAUAUUACCUCUAGCUUAAAAUAUUGGUUACGUCAGAUCCAGUAAAUUUGUUAUGUGAGUUAAAUGUAACGUUUUUUAGCUCAAACACCUUGUAACACUUUAUAGUAUUUGUGUUGCAUUGGUUUAUUUUAUUUUGACGUAUUAACAUUAUUGGUAUGAAUAGUGUCUAAUUACGAGAUAGCUUCCAAGCCUCCUCGUUCCAUUUGUACUUCUCAGCUUCUAUUGCAAAGUGUAAUACAAGUUAUGAUGAUACAGUUAAUUUUUUAUGAUAAAUUCAUUACGAACAAUGAAAUCACUUUAAAAUAUACUUUUUUUAUUAUUUGUAGUAAAUGCAAUUCUGCUGAAAAGAAGCUUUUCUCUUGAUUACAAAUUUUAAAUUUCAGCAUGUAAAAAUUUAUUUUAUUGUAUAUUUUAUUCAUAUUUAAUAAUACACCUGUGGCUUCUAAUACAGAUACGCUUGUCAAAUGUAAUGUCAUGUUAUUUGUAAAUAUUCUUGACAAUUUUUAUGAAAUACCACUUGUAUGUUUCUUCCAGACUUUAAUCAUAUACUGUAUAGUGUUUAUUAUAAUCAUUUUUGUUUGUUAAAAAUACUGAUUAUUUUAUUUCUGGACAGAUACUCCCAAAUCAGUUGUGUACAAAACAGCUGAUUUUAAUGAUGUAGAUAAAAUUGUCUAAAUGUAAAUCCAAUUUCAGAAAAUGUUGCACUUGUUUUCAAAUAGUUUGCAUACAAAGUACAAAAUGUUAAUGCCUAUGAGAGGAUGAUUAUUUUUAUUAAGCUAAAACCCUGUUUAGAUUGGACUGUCUUUCGGUCAGACUAACCAUGAAUUUGUCAGUCUGUGUUUUAAAAAUGCAGUGUGAACAGUCUGCCUAAGAUUGUCAUUGGUAAAAGUACCCACGUUGCGCAGUAUGUUAACCAAUCAAAUCGUACGCUGAGUAGAAGAACUGAUUGGAGGCAUGGUGCAUAAUCAAAAAUUUCUUCACACAUUCUGUGCACCCAAAAAUUUGAAUUUGGACUCAUCUACGUUGUCAUAUUUGUAUUGAAUUUUUAGCAUGGCAAAUAAUAUUUAACCACAGCUUGGAUAAAAUCUUACUUCAUUUUUUAAAUUGAAGUGUGAACACUGGUAGAGUUACCGUAAAUCUUUGAAUAAUCGCCACAACGCAUAUAACAUUUUUGAAGGCUUCAGUGCGGCGCUUAUUAAAAAGAUUAUUAUCAUGGCGCUUUUCUUGUCUGUUUCCAUGUUAUCUAUCUCGCAUAUCCCCGUAGUUCAGUAGGCCUAUCAUAGGUUUUACGUCAUCGUAAAUAAACAUUUAUAAAGAUAUGCUUGUGUCUUCAUUGUGUUAUUUAUUCAUUUGAACACUGUACACAUUAUAUUUAAAACCCUCUUUCUCAAAGUGUUUCAUUACACACAGUAAUAAUAUGUGCAGAAUUCUUGGUUAAGCACCGUGGCGCUUACUAAAAUAAAAUAAUCUUGAAUGAGCGCUGCGGUGCUUAGCAAAAAAAAGCUAUAUUGGAUGCGGUGCUUAUUCGAGGAUUUACGGUACAUUCUGUCUUGGUCAAAAUACAUUCAGUGUGAAGGAGGUUUAAUUCUCAUUACGGUGCUUGAAAUUGGAAUUCUUUUUGGUCAACCUUUAGAUGGUCCUAGUCUUCAAAAUGACUUAAACCAGGACCCAGCACCCUUCACAGCUCUUUGUAUAUUACACAUAAAAUUUAUUAUAAAAUUGUUUAGUAAAUUAAUAAUAUAAAGGCCUGUAGUUUGCUUUGGUAAAAUGUAAAAAAUACAAAGAACUGUAGUAAAGCAAAUUAUUGUUUUCUGUCGUUUAAUUUCAGCUGCAAGUAGUAUGGAACUAAAGUUCAGUAAAUAAACUGUUAUUAAAAUGACUAUAUUUUGUUGAGCCCAAUGUAUAUCUUUGUUUCAGAAUCAUCGUUUUUAUAUUUCAUUUCUUAAUUAGAUAUCUGAAGUUUGUAAUGAUAAUGUACUUGCAUUCGUUACAUGUACUCAUCUAAAAGAGUAUGCUUAGUUAAAACAAUUACAUUUCAUAUUUUCAAUUUGAUUCUGUCAAAAAUAUAGUGUGACAGAAUUUGUAGUUUUGCUCAGCUAUCAAUGAAUUGGGCAAUUUCUGCUCCUAAUUUUUUGUAUUUACAGGAUUAGUAUAACAUAAUUUCAUUCAACGUGCUCUUUGUAGAAGGAAACACAUUUCCCGCAAGCAGUGAGUAGUUAAUUGAACUCAGAUGGCAAUGCAACAUUUAUUUGAUGCAAUUGUAAAUGGUAUUCAUGUAAUGAUAGUAAUUUAAAUUGUGGAGUAAUAUAUAUAUGCACUCCAUAUAUAAACUGUACAUUGCCUGUUUUUAAUGGUGGAAUAUAAAGUUCCAUCACACGAAUGCAUCGAUGCUACAUGUAGUGUAGCAUACAUUCUCAGAUCGUUAUACUUAACUACGUAGAUAUAUUUACGAUGUGUCACUUGUAAUACCGUUGAAGAGAUGGCAUUAUAAUAUGUAUUACUGUAAUUGUAUUUUUUUGGGGGGAGGGGUGGGGUUAUUCAUGAGUAAAUCAAAUACUGAAAUAUUUAUUCAGUAUUUUGAAUUUUGAGAGGAUAAGUGAAAUAAAUUAUACAGUUGUACAGAUCAUUAGAAUACUAAGAGGUUUAGCUAUGUAUGUUACGCAACAUGAACGAAAAAUUUCGUUGAAUUUUGAGCCUUGCCUAUUGAUGUUAUGAGCGUUUGUAAUGCUGGAAUAACCCCUUUAAGAGCUGGGGGUCAGCCAGCUGAACUGUAAUCCCUAUGAGAAAUAGUUGACUUAUAUACGCAUCUUAUAUAUGUUUGAAUGUUUAGCGUGUAGCCAAGGUGCGUCUGCUGUCGUCUAGUGUUGUUCAAUGCUCUGUCACCCCCCUCUAUCCAUUUCCAUUGCUGUCUUGUCCGACUCCUUGGCUACACAUUGUGAAGUCAAGUUUACCAUAUGUAAAACUUGUUUAAUAAAUCUAUUUUGAAGUCA